AUGAUUCGUGUGGUAGCACCGACGGAGGGCGUAUUGCAGGAGAUGCUGCUGCUGGAGCUGCAAGGCAAAGUUAGUAUUCCUCCCAAAUUGGUUAGGGAGGCCUCUGAGAAGCAGCAGAAGCAGGGAUUUUUCUCGGGUGUAAGGCAGCCACGUGAUGCGGAGGAGUCAUUGGCGCAGGCAGAAGUGUCUGAUGGUGCGUUAGGUCAAGAGACGGUGGUGGAGGUGCCGCUUGGCCACAUUGAUGAUGACCCACGUAACAAGAAGCGCUGUUCAUUGCGCAUCGGAACGUUGCUUGUGGAAGGGAGCCGUGGCCAGUUUGGAGAGCCACUUCUCGUGCUCAGGCAACGGAAGUCGCAGCCAUGUCAGCAGCCGCAGCACGGCGCACAGAAGUCUCCGCUUUCUUCUUCACCCUCAUUGCCGUCAGCGCGGUGUUGUUUGCUGCAGGAGUGGCUGGCGGAGCAUCCGGAGGAAAUGACGUUGGACGCUGCGUCUGCCUCUGUCGAUACCAACGAGAUGCCAACAAAGACGUAUGAGCUGGUGGGCAUUGUGGAGCGCUAUGUGCACUUGAACUCUAAACCAUUGCGGACGUCGCUUUGA